UGUACAUGCCACAAGAUGGCAUGGAAAUCCCCCACAAUGGCUUUAGAACUGGCACAUGAAAACAUCUGGUUUGACAAGUGGCGUGUAGAUGAUGCAGAACGCGAGUUCUAUGAGAACAAGUCCAUGCCAAACGACAGUCAAGAGCAGGUGUGUGAAAGUAUCAAGAUGCAAGAGUCACCCUCUGCUCACAUCUCUCAAGGCUCUGAAAGGUCUGAAAAGUCGGAAAGCUUGAAGAGCAGCCAAUUAGAGCUGCAGGAGGAGGGAAGUUCAGCCCUAGGAACCCUGGCCAGUCAGAUUGCCAAGGCACGACAGGAAAUACAGAAUUCCUUAGCCUCUGUGAGUAGGCCUUUGUACAUUUGUUUCACAUUUAAGACUGUGUCAACCUUAGAGCAGACCAUUCUGGACCUCACCAAAAGGUUAGCAGCCUUGGAAUGUGGCGGCAAGACCACUACGGCUCCAGCCAAGAGCAAGCCAGAGCCCAUGGAGACUGAGGAGGAUGAUGACGAUGAAGUGGAUCUCUUUGGCUCCGAUGAUGAUGAAGAGGAGAGUGCAGAAGCCGCCCGCAUUAGGGAGGAACGUUUAAAGGCUUAUGCGGACAAGAAAUCAAAGAAGCCUGGUCCUAUUGCCAAGUCUUCAGUACUCCUUGAUGUAAAGCCUUGGGAUGAUGAAACCGAUAUGAAGGUCAUGGAGACAGAAGUGCGUAAAAUUGAGAUGGAUGGACUCUUGUGGGGUGCUGCUCAGUUGAAGCCAUUGGCUUUUGGUAUCCAGAAACUCUCAAUUUUGUGUACAGUUGAAGAUGAAAAGGUUUCCAUUGAUGACCUUUGUGAGAAGAUUCAAGAAAUUGAAGAUUAUGUGCAAAGUGUAGAUGUUGCUGCUUUCAAUAAAAUCUAAUUGCCAUUCAUUCCACGGUUAAUACAGAAAUAAACAGGAGUAUAAAA